GCCUGGAUGGAGCGAGGCUCUGACUACCGUAGAGGGACCUAGCUGGAACCGCAGGAAGCUGAGUCUGUCUAGUACACAGCUGUUCAGAGUCGUCUGGGUUGAAGCCGCAGGACCAACUUCUAAGGGAGGGGAGGGGAGGGGCAGGAGAGCAGAGCUCGGAGUCCACAUCUGAGAAGCCCUUGGGACCCCCAAGUCCAAGACAUUUCACUACCGGCGAAGGAACUCGCCCUCAACUACUGGAAAAAUGCUGGCCGCGCAUCUGGCUUCGUCAUCUCCUGGGAGUUUCUUCUGAUCUUCCUGCCUUUGGCAGCCUGGCUCCAGUGGAAUGUGCCCGCUGUGGUACCUACCAAGUUCAAGGAGAGGUCCUGGCGGUCCAUCAAGAGGCGCCGCUUUAGGCCCAGAAGGGUGACAGAGUAAAGGAGGAAUGGACUGUGGGCCACCUGCAACCCUCCAGCCUCACCUGGCUGGACCACCUGGCACCGCCCGUCGCCCAGUAGCCGUGUGCCAGCAGGAGAGCCUGUCCUUCGUGGAACUGCCUCCAAGCCGACUGUGUGUGGAUCUCUUUCCCAUUGCUCCAGAGGACCUGCAAGCUCCCGGUAGCCGCUGGUCCCUGGCAACUCCUGCCCCUCUCCAAGGACUGUUAUGGCCAACGUCCCCAGGAGGCCCAGAUACCCAUAUCUCCUCCACCAGUGGAGGAAUGAGACCCUGCAGGGCUGGCAGCUGGCCUCACUGUCCUGGUGCCCAGCCCCCAACUCUGGUGGGACCGUGGAGUUCUCAGCACAUGCAGCCCCAACGCAGGGCCAGCCAUGGUGGCUCAGAGAAGUCAGCCUGGCGCAAGAUGCAGGUGUAUCAUAACGAUGAGGCCAGCGGCGGCACUGAGACCCCUACGGGCCUUCUGGAGACUGGCCAGGCUGCGCAAGAGCAGGCUCUGUGUGCGCUAGAGCCCCGGCCGCAGGAGCUUUCUGGAAACGCCAGAGGGGGCCUAGAGGCACAGGAGCGAAGGCGUUUCUCGGCCUCAGAGCUAAUGACUAGGCUGCAUUCCUCCCUGCGCUUGGGGCGCAGCACGGCCACCAGGGCUCUGACCUCGGGCUCAGGUGCUGGAAUCAUCCGGGAAGGGAAACUGCCCGUGAGGGAAUCCCGAAGAGCCGAGCCGAGGACGGACAGUGUGUCGCUGUCAGCACCCGUCGAUCUAAACGAGGUCCACGGUGGUCUGGUGGAACCUAGGCUGGACACGCACGACAAGCCGAUUCAGGAUCCCAGCAGCGCCACUGAGCGGCGCCAGUCCCGCUUCCUCCUUAAUUCUGUCCUCUACCAGGAAUACAGCGACGUGGCCAGCGCGCGCGAGUUGCGGCGACAGCAGCGUGAGGAGGAGGGCCCCGGGGAUGGAGCGGAGGGCGCGGAGGAGGGGCCCGGGCCACCGCGCGCCAACCUCUCCCCGAGCAGCUCUUUCCGCGCGCAGCGCUCGACGCGGGGCUCCACCUUCUCGCUGUGGCAGGAUAUCCCCGACGUGCGCGGCAGCGGCGUCCUGGCCACGCUGAGCCUGCACGACUGCAAACUGCAGGAGGCCAAAUUUGAGCUGAUUACCUCGGAGGCCUCCUACAUCCAUAGCCUGUCGGUGGCCGUGGGUCACUUCUUAGGUUCCGUGGAGUUGAGCGAGUGUCUGGGGACUCAGGACAAGCAGUGGCUAUUUUCCAAACUGCCUGAGGUCAAGAGCACCAGUGAGAGGUUCCUUCACGACCUGGAGCAGCGUCUAGAGGCCGAUGUGCUGCGCUUCAGCGUGUGCGAUGUGGUUCUGCACCAUUGCCCCGCAUUCCGCCGGGUCUACCUGCCCUAUGUCACCAACCAGGCCUAUCAGGAGCGCACCUACCAGCGCCUGCUCCUAGAGAACCCCAAGUUCCCGGGCAUCCUGGCUCGCCUAGAGGAGUCUCCUGUGUGCCAGCGGCUGCCUCUCACCUCCUUCCUCAUCUUACCGUUCCAGAGGGUCACCCGCCUCAAGAUGCUGGUGGAGAACAUCUUGAAGCGGACAGCACCGGGUUCCCAAGAUGAGGACAUGGCCACCAAGGCCUUCAGCGCUCUAAAGGAGCUGGUGCAGGAGUGCAACGCGAGUGUGCAGUCCAUGAAACGGACGGAGGAACUCAUUCACCUGAGCAAGAAGAUCCAUUUUGAGGGCAAGAUCUUCCCGCUGAUCUCACAGGCCCGCUGGCUGGUCCGGCACGGGGAGCUGGUGGAGUUGGCCCCUCUGCCCGCCGCACCGCCGGCCAAACUGAAGCUGUCCAGCAAGGCUGUGUACCUUCACCUCUUCAAUGACUGCCUGCUGCUGUCCCGGAGGAAGGAGCUCGGGAAGUUUGCCGUUUUUGUCCAUGCCAACAUGGCUGAGCUACAGGUUCGAGACCUCAGCCUGAAGCUCCAGGGCAUCCCAGACCAUGUGUUCCUGCUCAGGCUGCUGCACGGGCAGCGCGCCAGGCACCAGCUGCUGCUGAGAGCACGGACCGAAAGUGAGAAACAACGGUGGAUUUCAGCCUUGCGACCAUCCAGCCCUCAGGAGGACAAGGAGAUCAGUUGUGAUGGGGAAGCCUCCCACCUCCGAUCUGGGGACUCCUGGACCGUCUCUCGGCUCUCAGACCGCCCCCAGGUCCAGUGUGUGAGGACUUACAAGGCCCUGCAGCCAGAUGAACUCACCUUGGAGAAGACAGACAUCCUGGCAGUGAAGACCAGGACCAGCGAUGGCUGGCUGGAGGGCGUGCGCCUGGCCGACGGUGAGAAGGGAUGGAUACCUCAGACCCACGUGGUGGAGAUCAGCAGCCUCAGCGCUCGACUGCGUAACCUCAGAGAGCACAAGAGGGUCUCCAGCGCCAGUAGCCAGCUGGGGGACCCGCCUGCCUGAUGCUCUGCUGGGGCCCGACUGGGGCCCCUCGGGUGCUGAUGGCUUCUGUGUGUCUGAGGGCGGCCUUCGCAGGCACUGGGGGGUGUCAGUCCUGUAAAUAUGCUCUGGCUGCCUCUGCUCACAGUCUGAGCUGGGGCCUUUGUACUGGCUGCCCCAUCAGGAGGGCGAGGCAGCUGGCUGUUCCUGCUGUCACCCUGUCACCGAGCGAAGUGUCAGAUCCAAGCAGGCUUGAAUAGUAAAGUGACUCUGUGAGUUU